UAAAAGUGUGAAUUUUUGAGGAACCCGCGCAACACCAAUAGUCAUUGUUUAUUAAUUUCCUUUGAAUAUUUUUUGUUUCAAUAUGAGUAUAUAUAGAAAAUUCAACGAAAAACUAACUAUUGUUUAUUAAGAUUUCAUAAAAAUAUUCGGUCAAGGUUGAAUAUGCGUAUGAAUUAACAAAUGUAUGAAUAAAAGAAUAGAGCGUCAAUUUUCUGAGAGUUGUUCUCCUGUGGUAAAUGAUUUGUCGAAGAUUCAAUCUAUUUCUUCACGAUAUAUUUGAAAGCAUAUAAUUAUUUUGUGUAUAAAAAUAAAAAUAUGAUAUUAAAUAAAUCAUAAGCACAAAGUGUUUAAUUAAGUGUAGAAAGUGUAGAUAUCAGUGACGAGAAAACUAAAGUUCGUAAUUAUAAUGAACUGACAAAUCAUUGUUUAAAUAAAAAUGGAUAAAGAAGAUGAAAGCCCAAACUAUUCAAAUACUUCAACAAAAAAAGAUGAAUCAAUUCCAUUGAAUUUGGACACUAAGACGACAAUUGAUGCGAAAAAUUCGCAAUCCAAAAUCGUACGUGGAACGAAAAAAAUGAGAAUUGAUUCAACUGAUUGUAAUCAAGCUAUUGAAAAAAAAGAAAACACGAAAGAAGAAGAAGGAGAUACAAAAAUAGUUCGAUCAUUGAAAAGGUCUUGUGAAUUAUGGUCAUUGGAGGAUAAAAAUACAUUUUUUAAAGCUGUGAAUGAGUAUGGAAAAGAUUUUGAUGCCUUACAAAGUUAUUUUUUAAAUCAAGGAAAGAAAAAAGGUUUACCAGAGAAUAUGAUAAAAAAUAAAGAACAAAUUCGCCAUUUUUAUUAUCGUACUUGGUUGAAAAUAUCAAAACAUUUGAAAUUUUCGGAAGAUGUAAAAAAAACAUCUCAGGAACUUUACGGAUUAAUUAAUUAUGGAGAAUUACGUCGUAAAUUACCAAGAAUACAUGAGAAAUUUUUAUUAAAAUUAAACGAAUUAAUUUACUGGGGAUCAACUCAAGUAAGAUUGCGCGGGAAAACAAUGCGAAUAAAAACUCCAAUAUGUAGAGCAUUAAGAAAAUUAAAUCAAUUGGAAGAUUGGCAAGAAGAAAUUAAAUUGCCAUCACGUGUCACAGUCGAAUUGAGACCAGGAAAUAAUUUAACUUGGUGGAAAGUACAAGCAAAUGCUAUGAAUCCUCGUGUUAGAACAUUGGUACCAAUUCAACGGAGAUUAUCGAGUCUUUUAAUGUUUCUAUCACAACGAUGGAAAUCUACAAAGUUUAAACCAUUAUCAAAUAUCGAUGGCAAUACAUUUGAUGAAAAAAAGUAUAAUGAUAAUGAAUUAUUGCGUGUUACUCCAAUGGAAGGAGCUAAAAUUGCUCUUCCAGUUGUUAAUCUUGGUGAAUAUUUAACAAGUAAUAGUGUUUCUUUAAAUUCUUAUGAAAAAAGAUUAGGAUUAAAAAGUUCACAUGCUGAAUUACUUGGUUACGUUCAGCAAUUCAAAAGUGUUGGCAAAAAAACAAUAAAAAAGAAGACAGACAAAAAAUUAACAACAGUAAGGGGGAGUAAUGAUGAUACUGACAAAAAAGAUGAUAAUAACAGUGAUUUGGAUAAUUUAGAUACACAUUUAAAUUGCUUAGACAAAUCUUUAUUUACCUGUCACGUUGACAAACCCACCAAUGAUAAUAAUAGCACUGGUGGAGGUGCUAGUAGUAGUACUGGAACUAAUAACGAGCCUAAUCGUUUUCCUGGACGUGAAACUGUUGAUCGAAUCCGGGUUGGAUGGAAUAUUGAUGAAGCUAAUACUAUCACUAUUGGAGAUUUAUUUUUGAUGUUCGGUAGAGAUUCCAAAAUAACACUAGAAUACUGGUGGGAUGUAGGAACGAAAGAAAAUGAUCGAACAGUUACGGGGAAUCCAUUAAAGAAUAUGAAAAAGCAAGAAGAAAGUUUGAGUAUAGCUUUACAAAAGCUUUUAUCUAUAGCAAAACACAAUUAUGGUAGCAGUAAAGCUUUUGACAACACUUUGAGCAGUAAUGAGACUGUAAUUUCAUCAAGAAUGCCAUCCAUUAGAGAAUCGACGUUCCGUAGACCAUUGAUUCCUCAAGUUAUUCAUAAAAUGGGUAGCCAAGAUGCCUUUAAGACUCAAUUAGACAAAUUUACAACAAGAUUUUGUAAACGUGGUCGUGUAGUUCGUCCGAGAAAUUUGAUCGUUCAGAGGACUAUACCAAUAAUGGGAGCAUUAAAUAGAACGGAUGGAAAUGAAAUAAAUAGUAAGAUUAAUAUAAAUGAGAUAAUGGGUAAAAAAAUACGUGAUCAAAAUGAUGAAAGUGAACAACGCAUAAGAGAAAAUGAAGCUGAUAAAUUAGAAAGUACAGACGAGGAAGAUCAAAACUUUUUAUCAUCAAUUGUUGAUAAUAGCGCUGAUGUUUCAGCAGAACAACCGUCUAAUUCUAUUAUUACUUCAGCUACUCAAAUUUUGAAAGAAGGUGAAGGACAGUGGCUUAAUAGUGAAGUCGCUGAUUAUUCAUUGAGUAGUUUUUUGGGACAAUUCGAAUCACCUAUAAAAGGAUCUCAAAGAAGUCAGACUGGAAUUCAAUUAGAGCCUAUUCGUUCUUCAUCUGAUGUUGUAAAUCCAAUGCAGUGUUUGAUGGUAGAAAAUAGUGUUGAUUAUAUGGCAAAAUUUGCCAAUCUUGCAUCUCAAAUUGUGUCUGAUGAAGAGAAUAAAUGAAAAAAAAAUAUCAUGUAUCUGUCAUGAUUGUAAAUAUGAAAAAUUUAUCUUAAAAUUUUUUUUAUGAAUAAAAGAUUUUUUAUGA